UGGCUGAAUGAAAUACAACAAUAGUGGUUAAACAAGAAAAACUUUGCGUGAUAUUUAAAAAAGGAAUGAUAAUCGCGCUUAAUUUGGCCGGACCUUCUGAUUAUUGAUCAGUGUAAGACUGGACCUCAACAGUGGAUAACGACUCGAGCAAAAUGUUUAAAAUGAUUGUUUUAUAUUCAAUAGUUUCGGCAUUAUUUAUUCAUGGAAGUUCUGCAAAGGUUGCACCAUCGUACAUCAAGACAUGCCCGGGUCUUAAAUCAGACUGUUUGAAAAAAACCAUAGAAGACACAUUGCCUCAUUUCGCGAAAGGGAUUCCCGAACUGGGGAUAGCUCCUAUCGAUCCAUUGGCAGAAGACCACGUCAAACUUAUUCUUCCUGGAGGAUUCAAGGUCGAAUUACAUAAUGGAACUAUGACCGGACUGAGGAAAUGUGACAUUGAAUCUGUUUCGUACGCAAACAAUGAAGCUAAUAUGUUAAUGCACUGUAAUCUCACGAUUAAAGGAGUUUAUAAGGCGUCAGGAAGAAUUUUGAUCGUAUCAAUCAAUGGUGAUGGAGAUGCUAAAAUCAAAAUCAAAAAAUUAAAGCUCGUAGCCAAAAUAAAGUUCCAAGACAAAGAAAGAGAUGGUGUUAUCUAUCAUGAAGCCAAAGACUUGAAAAUUGAGCAUGAAUAUGGAGACAAGGUUAUCUUCAGCUUAACGAACUUGUUCCAAGGAAACCCUGAAUUAAGUGAGGCGGUUCUACAAUUUUUGAACCAGAAUUGGAAACAAAUAGCGGAAGAGUUUGGACAACCCUUAGUAGAUAGGCUAGUGAGUAUUGUAUCGAAAAUUAUUACCAAGUUCUUUACUGUUGUACCUAAAGAUGAACUGUUUGUUGACUAAGUAAUUGUAACUUGAAAUACUUUAAGAUUAGUAUUGUAUGUAGAGUCAGUAACAAAAGAUGAUAAAUAUAAAAACUGCACGCAAAGCCGAGUGGAAAAUGUCGAU